AUGGAAGGCUGGAACAAACUCCAAUCUAGCUUCGGUAGCCUCAACCUGAGCGCAUCGGCCACGAAGAUAGCCAAAGGCUUCAACUCCAGUGUGCAGGCAACCAGGGAGGCCCUGGGCACUGUUGCGCCGGAAGAAAUAACAGAGUUGCCUCAGGGCAAAGUACAAGGAUCUCGAGGCCCGUGUAGACGCCCUGAAGGAAGCUCAUCUUGCUAUCUUGAAGUGCGUGCACCGUGUCAUCGUCAUGGCAGUCCUCAUCCAGCUUCUAGGAUCACCAACGUCUACGAAACCGAGACUUACGACUAUCCCGUCCAGAUACAGGAGUCUAUCACAGAGUUGUCGACUAACAUCGGUGUCGGGAUCACCAACUUUGCCUCCACCAACCUCAAGGGAACCAAUCUCCCAGCCCCGGGACCAGUCACAGCACCGGCGCAACAACACAAGACACUUCCCCACGCGCUAGGUCGCUCGGCCACCACCGCUGCUUCUGCUAUCAAAGCCACGGGCAGCGAUGACAAGCUCGGCAAAGCCCUGGGUCUAUAUGCUGAUGGAUGGGACAAGAUUGCCGAGGCUCGCGUCCAGCACGACGUGGCCGUCCGAUCCGACUUCCUCCACCCUUGGCAAGCCACGCUGAGCACCUCCAUCAACGUGGCCAUCAAAGCCCGCCAGGCCGUGCGUUCUAGCCGACUUGAGCUCGACUCUGCGAAACAGACGUUGAAGAACGCUAACCCUGCUAAGCAAGAGCAAGCCCGUAUCGAGGUCGAGAACGCUGAGGAUGAUCUCGUCCAGAAGACAGAGGUUGCCAUCACCCUCAUGAAGACUGUGUUGGAGAAUCCCGAACCCCUGAAGAACCUCAAUAACCUUGUUCAAGCACAGCUCAUGUACUUCUCCGCUGCCGCCGAGAGUCUCUCUGGACUGCAAGGCGAAAUUGAGGAGUUGAGUGUUGCGGCCGAGGGUGAAUACAGGAAGUCCCGCGACCAUUGAGGUACCGUUAUCUUGAAGUGGAGGUGACAAUAUGACCCGUCGAGCUGAUUUUUGUACUGUGUAACUUUAUACGGUCGGACUGUAAGCACGUGAACUUGAUCGCUUGAAGAAUCUCAGUUCCGUGUGAAUGGUGUG